UCCACUCCGCCGCCUGCUCUCUCCCCUCCCCCUCCCCACCACAAACCCCCCCCGGUCACGACACACACACCGUGGCGUUGUCAAGCCCCUGCCGCCGCCGUUCAAUUGCCGGCGGUAGAAGCGGCGGUUCUAAUCUGACGGUUCCCUAAUUUGCAGAUUCUCACUUCGUCUCCAUCGCAGUGCUGCCUAUCCUAUCAAUAUCCAAUGGCACAUUCAUCAAGUCUGACCUCCGUCGGUCUUGUCGCUUCCGGCCUCGUCCCACGGGCCGCUUUCCCGCGGGGAAGGUACGGGGUGCUCAUCUCGACUUCAAUGUCGCCUUCCCGGGGUCUCAGGGUUCGCGCCGUGCAGGACAACGACGCGCCGCGGAGGCUUAUUGACAUAUUGCGAGUCGUGCCCGAGUUCUCCAGGAAUUAUUUCAGGAGCCCGUCCCGGAGGGCCCUGUUUGGCGGGAUCUCCCUGCUGGGGGGAUUCUACGUGGCGCAGACGAUCUCGUUGUCGUUCGGAGCUCUCGGAGUGAACGACGUAAUCGCUGCGGUGAUCUGCGUUCUCCUGACGGAGUACGUGACGAGGUUUUAUUAUAGCAGGCCGAAGGUGACUUUCCCGGUUGCCCUACUCAACAACUUCAAGAUGGGAUUCACUUAUGGACUGUUCAUAGAUGCGUUUAAACUUGCUAGCUAGCUGAUGAUCAUAUGUCUCACUAUAUGUAUGUUUCUACAAUCAUAUAUAUAUAUAUAUAUGUGUGUGUGUGUAAUUUGGACUCUGGGAAUUGGCAAUCCAUUUCUUGUACAUAUAACAUUUUUAUGAAUAGAAACUCUCAUGCAAAGAUUUGGCAUCCA